CUUCUCUCUCGAAGUCUUUAAGUGGACAGUGCGCAUGCGCGAACUUCCUCUUUUUCCGGCUGGAACGAUGGAGGGUGUAGAAGAGAAGAAGAAGAAGAAGGUUCCUGCUGUGCCGGAAACCCUUAAGAAAAAGCGGAGGAAUUUCGCAGAGCUGAAGAUCAAGCGCCUGAGAAAGAAGUUUGCCCAAAAGAUGCUUCGAAAGGCAAGGAGGAAGCUUAUCUAUGAAAAAGCGAAGCAUUAUCACAAGGAAUAUAGGCAGAUGUACAGAACUGAAAUUCGAAUGGCGAGGAUGGCAAGGAAGGCUGGCAACUUCUAUGUACCUGCAGAACCCAAACUGGCGUUUGUCAUCAGGAUCAGAGGUAUCAAUGGUGUGAGCCCAAAGGUCCGAAAGGUGUUGCAGCUUCUUCGCCUUCGUCAAAUCUUCAAUGGAACCUUUGUGAAGCUCAACAAGGCUUCAGUUAACAUGCUGAGGAUUGUAGAGCCAUAUAUUGCAUGGGGGUACCCAAAUCUGAAGUCAGUAAAUGAACUAAUCUACAAACGUGGUUAUGGCAAAAUCAAAAAGAAGCGAAUUGCUUUGACAGAUAAUGCUCUAAUUGCUCGAUCUCUUGGAAAAUAUGGCAUCAUCUGCAUGGAGGAUUUGAUUCAUGAGAUCUAUACUGUUGGAAAACGCUUCAAAGAAGCAAAUAACUUCCUGUGGCCCUUUAAAUUAUCUUCUCCACGGGGCGGAAUGAAGAAAAAGACCACCCAUUUUGUAGAAGGUGGAGAUGCAGGCAACAGGGAGGAUCAGAUCAACAGGCUUAUUAGAAGAAUGAACUAAGGUGUCUCCCAUGAUUAUUUUUCUAAGCUGGUCAGUUAAUAAACAGUACCUGCUCUCAAUUGAAAUGUA